CGUAAAAUUACUUGCGAGAAAGAUAUAUGGUCAGCAACAGAUGUGAAUAUCUUCGAUACAUUAACACCACUAGAUCGACCUAUUUCUUUUUUGGAUGGCCGUGCUUUGAAAAAUAUUGUUGGCGAACCGGAUUUUAUCAUAGUUGAUGAUAAUAUUAAACUUCUUAUGCCCUGGGAAUCUAAAACUAAGUGGGUUUUGAAUGUGCUUCCGGACCAAAACAUUGUUACGCUCUAUAAUGAGGAAAAGGAAUUUCGAGAGGGACCAUAUGCUUAUUCUAAUGAUAUUUCGGUAUAUUAUCCUAUAAACCAAAUAUACGGAUAUGGUAUCUUGUCAACAUACAACCAAACUUGGUUCCUUGAAAGAGGAGUAACUGGAGAAGACUAUGGAUGGUUGCAUGUGUCAGACGCCAUUACAAACUCUUCAAUUAAUCCCACGUUACUUAAAUCCGUCGCUUAUAUAAUCAACCUUGCGUCUAUUGAUCGUUACGCACCUUUCCUUGAAAAACCUAUAAUGGUUGCUGAUAAUGCUAACAAAGACGAUGAUGAUUGUGAUGAUUAUUUUUCCGAAAAGAAAGGUGACAGAGAAUUUAAGUACAAGG